AUGGGUUCUAUCGCUCUCGAUAAGGAGACUAGCGCGCCAGCCACGCAGAACGAGAAGAAUCCUGACUUCUCCAAGCUGCGUGAAUCUGCAACCGACGCAAUAGACGGGGCUGAGCGACAGUUGCGCGAGCUGAAUCGACAGAUUCACGACAACCCGGAACUCGCAUACAAGGAGUAUCAAGCUGUGGAGAACAUAUGCAGGUUUCUCGAGUCUCAUGACUUUGGUGUCCAAAGAGCAACGUACGGCUUGGAAACAUCAUUCACGGCCGAGGUCGGCUCCAGUGGCCCCUUGGUGAUCAUCUGUGCCGAAUAUGAUGCACUUCCGAACAUUGGCCACGCGUGUGGCCAUAAUUUGAUUGCAACUUCAUCCAUUGCCGCUUUCGUUGGCGCCACCAGAACAUUAACGAAGUCUGGCCUGUCCGGAAGGAUCCGACUUCUAGGCACACCAGCAGAGGAGGGCGAGGGUGGCAAGGUUAAGCUGAUUCAAGCUGGUGCAUUCAAGGAAGAUAUCGCAGCUGCAAUCAUGGCGCACCCCUUGGCCAGACACCAGUUUGAGAAAGGGUUUUCAGGCCUUGCUGGAAUGAGGAUGAUCGGAAGCUACAAGUUCCGCGUCGAAUUCAGAGGUAAGGAGGCCCACGCUGCAGGAGAGCCAUGGAAUGGUGUGAACGCGCUCGAUGCGGCAGUUGCAGCGUACAACAACAUCUCGUUACUGCGUCAGUCAAUGCGGCCGGAUGAGCGCGUGCAUGGCGUGUUUGAGGAAGGCGGAACGGUGCCGAACAUCAUCACCGAAUACACUCGAAUGAACUGGUAUGUGCGCAGCCCGUCGAUGAAGCGUGGCAAAGCCCUUCUAGACAAGGUCCGGAAGUGUUGCGACGCAGCAGCGCUGAGCACUGGUUGUACACUGAACUACAAAGACAAUCCCACAUAUAAGGAUCUGCGGGUCAAUGAACCCCUCAGUCAGUGCUAUGUCAAUGAAAUGGCAUACAUUGGCGAGCAGGUUACCCUGAGACAAGAUGAAUGCUUCACGGCGUCAACGGAUAUGGGCAAGUCAGCUCCCUGCAAUGUCUCAUAUGAAGUGCCAUCCUUCCAUGGAGGCUUUGGGAUUCCCACGGACCCCGAUGUAGCGCAGCACCAUCCGCGCUUCGCACAUUUUGCGGGCCGUGACAGUGCCCACGAGGAAGCCAUCAAGGUCGGAAAGGGCAUGGCGCUGCUGGCGCUACGUGUCAUAACGGAUCCCGAACUGAUCAAAGACGCAAAGGCAGACUUUGACAUACCACCAGACGAGUGA